AUGAAGAAUAAACCACUGUUCUGGUUUUUUCUGCUCAGCAUCUCCUUCUCUUUGCACACCUACCCUCCUCCACUUUCUGCUUUGACCAUCAUCUCAUCAACCCAACCUCUCUCCGGUGAUCAAACUCUUGUUUCCAAAGAUGGCAACUUUGAAUUGGGUUUCUUCAAUAUAGGUAAUUCCUCCAACUACUACAUAGGCAUGUGGUACAAAAAGGUAUCUACAAGGACAUAUGUUUGGGUAGCUAAUAGAGAUUACCCAGUUUCUCCUAAAAGUAAUUCCAAGUUAGUUAUUUCUGAUGGUAAUUUAGUUCUCUUGGAUCACUCUAAAAGUCUAGUUUGGUCAACAAAUUUGAGUUCUACUAGUUCAAAUUCUGUAGUUGCUGUCCUUUUAGAUAGUGGUAAUCUUAUACUAAGUAAUAGGCCUAAUGCAUCAGCAUCAGAAGCUUUGUGGCAAAGUUUUGAUUUUCCAACAGAUACAUGGCUUCCUGGUACCAAACUUAAACUUGAUAAGAUAACAAAUAAGACUCAGCAUCUUACUGCAUGGAAGAACACCGAAGAUCCAGCAUCUGGUUUGUUCUCUCUUGAACUAGAUCCUAAUGGAACCAAUUCAUAUUUGAUAUUUUGGAAUAACACUCAACAGUAUUGGACAAGUGGUUCUUGGAAUGGCCAAAUGUUCAUCAUGAUUCCUAUAAUGUGGUCAAACCACGUCUUCAAUUUGGCCUUUGUGUCGAACCAUAACGAGAGCUACUUUACCUUCUCUUUGCAGAACAAUUCUACUAUAUCGCAUUUCGUAUUGGAUGUGUCGGGGCAGCUCAAGCAAUUUACUUGGCUCGAAACUACUCAGCAAUGGAAUUUGGUUUGGUCGCAACCAAGAGGACAGUGUGAGGUUUAUGCUUUCUGUGGUGCAUUUGGUAGCUGCAAUGACAUCUCAAAGCCAUACUGCAAUUGUUUGAAUGGUUAUGGGCCAAAGUCGCAAUCUGAUUGGGAUCUUGGUGAUUACUCACAUGGGUGUGUGAUAACCAACAAAUUUCAAUGUGAGGUAUCAUCUGAUCCUUCUAGUGGUGCCAAAGAUAGGUUCUUAACCAAAUCAAAUUUGGCUUUGCCUGAACGUGCACAGUCUGUUGUGGAAGCUGAUUUGAGUGAGGAAUGUGAGUCAACGUGUUUGAGUAACUGUUCCUGCACCGCAUAUGCUUAUAACAGUAGCGGUUGCUUCAUUUGGAGGGGAGAGCUCUUGAAUCUGCAACAGUUCUCUGAAGAUGACAGUAAUGGACAGACAUUGUUUCUCAAGCUUGCAGCAUCUGAGUUUCAUGAUUCAAAAAGUAAUAAAGGAACAACCAUUGGUAUUGUUGGUGGUGCUGUUGGUGGCAUAUUGAUUCUCCUUGUUCUUCUUCUAAUUCUUGUGUUUAGGCGAAGAAACAGACUAGCUGGAGCAACAAGUACUGUGGAGGGCUCGUUGAUAGCAUUUGCGUACAGAGAUUUGGAAAAUGCAACAAAGAAUUUCUCAGAGAAACUCGGAGGAGGAGGUUUUGGUUCUGUCUUCAAAGGAAUAUUACCUGAUUCAAGUGUCAUAGCAGUGAAGAAACUUGAAAGCAUUAGCCAAGGCGAGAAGCAGUUUCGAACAGAAGUGAGUACUAUUGGGAUUCUUCAGCAUGUCAACCUUGUUAGGCUUCGUGGUUUCUGUUCCCAAGGAAAUAAAAGGCUUCUGGUUUAUGAUUACAUGCCGAACGGGUCUUUGGAUUCAAAUCUGUUUAAGAACUCCAAGGUAUUGAAUUGGAAAGUAAGAUUCCAAAUUGCUCUUGGAAUAGCUAGAGGAUUGACAUAUAUUCAUGAAAAGUGUAGAGACUGUAUCAUUCACUGUGAUGUGAAGCCAGAAAAUAUCCUCAUAGAUUCUGAAUUUAGUCCAAAGAUUGCAGACUUCGGCCUCGCAAAGCUUGUUGGAAGGGACUUCAGCAGGGUCCUAACUACCAUCAGAGGAACACUAGGCUAUUUAGCUCCAGAAUGGAUUUCAGGGGUGGCUAUAACUGCUAAAGCCGAUGUUUACAGCUACGGAAAGGUGCUUUUUGAGCUUGUGUCGGGAAGAAGAAACUCCGAUCCUUAUAAAGAUGGCCAAGUUAGUUUCUUUCCUACUUUGGCUGCAAACAUAUUACACCAAGGUGGGAAUGUGAUUUCCUUACUAGACUCAAGAUUGGAGGGUGAUGGUGAUGUUGAGGAGAUCACUAGAGUCAUAAAAGUUGCUACUUGGUGUGUUCAAGAUGAUGAAACUCAUAGGCCAUCCAUGGGUCAAGUAGUUCAAAUGCUUGAAGGGGUGUUGGAUGUGAAUUUGCCCCCAUUUCCUAGAUUACUUCAAGCUAUUGUUGAUGAUCACGAGGACAGUAUUUUAAUCACUGAAUCAAACUCCACUCAUAGCACAUCACAGGACGCGUUUUAG